UCCACCCGGUUGUUCAACCUACCACUAAAUUUUAGUGGGAAAUGUAAUUUUCUUAUCUUGCCUCUGAUUUAUUUUCCUUUGUUUACGUUUCACUAUCGUGAAUAGAUCGUUUUUCUACAAACUGCAAUAUUGUUUUGCCGCUUCACAAAUUAAUAUCGAUUUAUACACAUUUGUAAAAAACUGUCCGAGAAAGAGAGACUUUAGUUCCAGAUCAAUGAUUCGCAGCCGUGAUCGAUGAACCAUACGACACUUAAAGAAGAGAAGAAAGAAAUAAGACAACGCUCUUCUGUCGUGCAUUGCACGGUGAAAGUAUUUGAUUUGGACCCGUAGGGGGAAUUCACCUGAACAGCUAACGGCGAUAAAUACAUGACUCGGCAUGGGGCGAACUUGGAUUUAUCGUCAGUUCACGGCCGUUCGUCCACUCGCCUUUUACGGGAUCAUGAGCGCGGUCCUGCUCCUCGUGUUUCUAGCAAACGCUAUCCUGAAAGGAUACAGAGCAGAAGAAAUUUGGAAGCAGGAUUUGUUCGAGAAUAUGCGGAUUGGUGCCUCCACCGAGGGCUAUGAUCGCGUGGGGUUGCGAUGUGGCGCCGACAAGAUGACCGUGGAGCUUCAAACUACCGAGGACUUUUCAGGAGUGAUCUACACACAGGGUAGUUUCCACUCGCGAGAACCGUCCUGCUUCCUUGACCCGGUUCGCGGUAGAAGUUUCACUAUGAACAUCCCUUUAAAUAAGUGCGACACAGAAAGGAACGGCGAAAAGUACAGUAACGUCGUGGUGGUGCAACAUGAUGACGACCUGGUGACACCGGGUGACGCUGCUUUUACAUUGGAAUGCGACUUCUCGAAGCCGAGGGAUCGCACGGUGACGGCAGAUCUUAAUGGGAGCAAGAGAAGAUCAACAAGAUCCAGUAUAGCUCUCAUAGACGCCGAUCCAGGGAGCGACAGGAGUAAAAGGGCCGCGUACGUGGAGAGCUACAGCGACCGAGUGGUUUUCGAGCCGGACGCCGCAUCCCGUAAGGCAAACGAUGAAUUGUGAGACCCCAAUGUGUGCUAGCUUAAUAAAGAGAUACGAUCAGCAAAGACGAUUAGCACAGUUCCUCCUAAACCGCCAUUUGUAGUACUUUUCUCCGUCGGCGUGUGAUCGUCGCUCGCGAAUUCUCCGGCCGGCACGAUCGGUGUCCCAACAAAACGCGAACACGCGACGACACUCACGCGCGUCGACAAUGUCGCCUGUCAAAAACACGUGUGUUUGAAUUUUUCAUUUUCAGGAUAAAGCGCAGUGCUGAGCCAAAUCCUGCCGUCGUGAGAUCCCGGUGAGACUGCGAUACACUCCGCACGCUAGAGAGAUCGUCACCGUUCGCCACUGUCUUACCUGUUUGUUGUUGCUGUUCAUAAUAAAUUUUAUAAUUCGUUGAA